UUAAAAUCGUGAGUUCCACACGCGGUGUCUUGUGGAUUCAAAAUUAUGACCAUUUUCAUCAUUCCUUGGCUUUUUGUAUAUUCGGCCAUCAGCCAUGCCUUCAAAAUUUCGCUCCAUUCCCAUUGUUCUCUUCCUCUUCUCUUUCAAGCUGACCCUUUAGUUUAAAGAUACCAAAAGUUGCGCUUCACUACUUUCCAAUUUCGAUGGUAGCUGCAAGUUAACACAAAACAAUGGUGAAAGCUGUAGCUGUUCUUGAGAGCAAUCAGGGAGUCAGUGGAAGCAUCUUCUUUAGCCAAAAUGGCAAUGGUCCAACUAUAAUUACAGGAAAUAUUUCUGGUCUUAAGGCAGGGCUUCAUGGCUUCCAUGUUCAUGCCCUUGGGGACACAACCAAUGGUUGCUUAUCAACUGGGCCACAUUUCAACCCUGAAGGCAAAGACCAUGGUGCCCCAGAUGAUGAGAAUCGUCACGUUGGUGAUCUUGGAAAUGUGGUUGCUGGUGAUGAUGGUACUGCUACUUUCUCAAUUAUUGACAAACAGAUUUCCCUUGUUGGACCAAAUUCCGUUCUUGGAAGGUCUAUUGUUGUCCAUGCAGAUCCUGAUGAUCUUGGCAGGGGUGGAACUGAACUUAGCCUGACCACUGGCAAUGCGGGUGAGAGAAUAGGCUGUGGCGUUAUUGGGCUGCAAGAGUGAAAAACACUUUGGUUUGGAUGGUCUGUGAUGAUUGAUGAAGUAUAAUGUAUAAAAUGCUUCACUUUGGUUUGGAACAUAUGUAUUGUAUCUAAAAUAAGAUGGCUUCAAGCCCUAUAGCAGAAAUAAAUAAAAUUAGAAUGAAGUACUGCUAAAUCUAAUCUUAUCUUUUCUUUACUUUA